AAAUACAAAUUUGUUUACAUCAAUUUCAUAGCAGAACCACAGAACAAGCACGCGCUGCCUGGAACGGGAGAGAGGGAGGGUUCCGGUUGCCGUAACUGGUUUGGAGGAGGAAUAAAACCAAAACUAGUUCUUUUUCUGGUGGGGUUCAAUUGAGGAAGAACAAUGUCGGUGACAGCAGGGGUUAGUGAUACAGUAAUAGCGAUUAGGGAUAAACUCAGAGGUAAAAUUGGGCAAACAAAAGUUAAGCGUUAUUGGCCAGGUAAAGUUCCUGAAUGGGCCGAUGAUGAGAACGAAGAACUUGCCGACAUUAGACCCUCCAGGGAAGCUGCUUUGGAGAAAGUGUUUCCUCGUCAUGAAGAAGAUACUGCUAUUGUUAGAAAGGAUGAUCGUAGGCUCCGCCGUUUGGCUGAGAGCCGAAUCGAUAACCGUGAGGAAGUCCGAGCCGAUCAUCGUCGCAUUCGGCAGGCUGAGAUUGUUUCCACCAUUGAAGAGGAGGCCAGGAGGCAGGAAUGGUUGGAGAUAGAGGAAGAAGAUGAGAAUGCUUUGGCAGAAAGAAGAAGACUUAUUAAAGAGAAGUUGCUCCAAAGGGAGCAGGAAGAGGCACUUCCUCAGGAAGAGGAGGAGGAGGAGGAAGAAGAAGAGGAAGAGGAGGAAUCUGAGUAUGAGACUGACUCUGAUGAGGAAUACACGGGGGUAGCUAUGGUGAAGCCUGUGUUUGUUCCCAAGUCUGAGAGAGAUACUAUUGCUGAGCGCGAGCGUCUUGAAGCUGAGGAGCGGGCCCUUGAGGAAGCAAGGAAAAGGCGAUUGGAGGAAAGGAGGAUUGAAACAAAGCAGAUUGUUGUUGAGGAGAUCCGGAAGGAUGAAGAAAUCCAGAAAAACUUGGAGUUGGAGGCGAACAUUGCUGAUGUGGAUACUGAUGAUGAAGUCAACGAGGCAGAAGAAUAUGAAGCUUGGAAAGUGAGAGAGAUUGGGAGGAUCAAGAGGGAUAGGGAGGAUCGGGAGGCAAUGUUGAAGGAAAAGGAAGAGAUUGAGAAGGUGAGAAACAUGACAGAGGAGGAGAGGAGAGAGUGGGAAAGGAAGAAUCCCAAACCAGCUCCACCACCAAAGCAGAAAUGGAAAUUUAUGCAGAAAUAUUAUCACAAGGGUGCUUUCUUUCAAUCUGAAUCUGAUGACCGAGCUGCUACUUUUGGAUCUGAUGGUAUUUACACACGUGAUUUCUCUGCCCCAACUGGUGAGGAUAAAAUGGAUAAGACAAUAUUACCCAAGGUUAUGCAAGUCAAGCACUUUGGUCGUAGUGGAAGAACUAAGUGGACCCAUCUUGUCAAUGAAGACACUACUGAUUGGAACAACCCAUGGACUUACAAUGAUCCUCUUCGUGCAAAGUAUAAUGACAAAAUGGCAGCAAUGAAUGCGCCUAUAACCAAACCUAAAGGAAGCAGAAAAUUGAAAGAUUGGGAAUCUCGAUGAAUUUGAAGUUGCAGUUGCAUGGAGACUUUGUCCUCUCAAUUUUAGACUACGGAUAAAUACCAGAUUCGAUAUGUAAUUAUCCUAUAUAUGCUUGUGUUCUCUCUCAAACAGAACGUAAAGUAGUUCAUCAUGACUCAAGCAUGUAUGUUAAGGAUCAUGAAGACAGUUCUUGCAGAUUGUGAUAGGAAUUCAUGACUAAUUUAUCCGAAUAUAGUUCCCCCGUUAAUGAAUCAUAUCUGAUUACGAGUCCUAAUAUCUUUAAGCGCUUAGGCUAUGACUCCCUGUCUUUGGCUUGUCAUAAUUUACUGUGUUACUGGCUGGCUUAUGAAGAAUUUAUCGAGUUUGCUGCCUAUAUUGAUGCUUCGGGAG